CGAAAAGAGGACAAUGGUUAGAAAGACAAAAGACAUGCAAGUUAUUAUCCGAGGUUAGAUAUAUACUAGACAUGUACUCCAGACUUUUCAUCAGUUCACCUAGUACAUCAUGAAUAUACUUCUCAAUCGUGCAUCAUUGAAGCGUAGCUCCCGUACUCGCACUAGAAAGACUUCAGACGCUGGCUGUCAAUCAACUCUCCAAAUAAUACCAGAGUGCUCAGAAACUCACGAUGACUCGCGCCUCACUCUAUCCGAAUUUGCAUUCUCAAUCGACGAUGCCCUGCUCAUGCUCAAUGACCGCGACACUCCUCGCUCACCUGCUCUCUCUGCGUCCUCUUCCACAGACGACAGCAUGCCUGCUACUCCAUAUGCAUCAGACGAUGAAGAUUUUACUCUUCCAACUCCCCGUAUAACACCCAAGCGCGUCACCAUUCGCCCUCUAUGUAUAAACAAGACCCGUUCUAUCGUCUGCGAGCACGUCACCAAUCCUCAUGGAGAGGAAGACGAGUACGAUUUCUACACACGCCAAUUCGAGGACUUUAUUUCCCUAUACUCGCCUAUGCCCUCUGCACCAGUACCCGCCCGUCCAGAAUCUAUCACUCUCUCACCCGACGUAGCAUCCCGGCCACCAAUACCACGCGGACGCAGUCGUUUCUCAAAAGCUCUCCCACUCCUUCCUCUCCCUACUCCGCCUUCAACGCCUAUUCCACCCGUUCCACACCUCCCAGCCUCAGCCAUCCGAAGAAAACGCGUCCUUCCACCCUUGCCCAUAUAUCCGCCACCCCCGCCCCCAGUCGAAAAUCGUCCCCCUCCUCGUAUGGCUGUCCCCUCUGAUAUCGGAGAGCCUGAUAUCCUUGAACAAGAGGAGCAACAGCCAGCUCGUCCAAUCGUGAUCGAACAAGUGUGGUUCGACGAUGAGGAAGAAUCCAUAUAUUCCCAGCCUUCCUUCGCACCACCUCAAGGCAUCCAUCCCAUCACACCAACAGUCCCAGAAACACUCAGUCCCCCACGCGCAAGCACCGACUCUGACGCCUCCCGGUCGUCUCUGGAUUCGUUUUCAAGCAGCCAAUCGCACUCCUCCUUCUCAUCCUUGGACUCAUAUGAAGAAACCGCCCCCAUCUCCCCUUUCUCCUUCCCUCCCACUCCAGGACCCGAACCCCACCAACUCAGUAGUAGAUGGAGCUGUUCUACGAUAUCCUCACACGCUGCUGAACCUCCACGCACAAUUCUGAGUCCCUUGCGUGGGGUGUUUGUGUCGAAAUCGAAGGCAAAGUCGGGAUCGGGGUCAUGGCGCGCCGCUCCUCCAUUACUUCCGAUCUUGUCUACCCCUCCUCGUUCUCGUGCAUCACACAGUUCAUCGCCUUCACAAACGCGGACCAACACCCACAAUCAGACCCACACACAGAGUCCCUAUCAAAUGCCCCUGACACGAAUGCUAUUCCCUGCGACGCCUUCCCCACCCAGUACACCCACUCCCACCAGGCACAUCCGCCGCCAACACUCACGCUCCUCGACGUCUUCUGGUUCGUCUGAAAGCGGGAGCUGUAAGAGCGGGGGGAGUGCGGGGUUGAGGAGGAAGCCGAUCCCUAUUGAAAUGUUUCUGAGGGCUUGAUCGGUGAGCGUGGGUGGGGUUUCGAUUUUCCUGUCUAUUGUCUUUGCCGUUUUGUUCUUUUUGUUGCACCUUUUUGCUCUCGUUCACUAUGACGACGAUCCAUAAUUAUUGUAUCUAUUAUCAUCACUCACAGUUCGCUCAUUCACGCAUAUCAAUAUUCAUAAUGUACCUGGACAUUCUUUCACUUUGCAUUUUUCGUUGACACAUCACGUCUCUCGUUUGGCUUUUGCAUGUCUUUCCAUUUCGUCAGGGUUUUAGACGCCCUCUGUCUCUAUAGCAUAGUCCACUUGUAGCCUAGUCCAUACUACGAUGAAAUGAUAUUCGAUGUUUUGAUGUUUCA